AUGGAAAAUAUUCAGAAACAAAAUAGAGAUCAUGUUGAUUUAAUGGAUGUUGAUAUUCAAUUAAAAUCAUAUCGUUAUGAUUGUUCUGAAAAAAGUAGAACUAAUUCUGGAUUUAUUGGAGAUGAUAUUUCUUUGCCAACAAGUAUUAUGGAAUUUAAUAAGGAAGGCAGACCAACACUACAUGACUUAAUAAAAAAAAAUAUUGAUGAAGAUAUAACUGGAAACAUUUUGUCUGGAAAUAUUACAACACCAAAGAGAAUUGAUAGUGAAUCAAUACAUGAAGAUGAAAAAUUUCAAGGAUUUGGAUGGGUUAAAGGUGUUCUUUUAAGAUGUAUUUUAUGUAUUAUUGGAGCAACACUUUAUAUGCGUAUGUCAUGGAUUGCAGGACAAGCUGGAAUAUUUCUUGGAAUGAUGGUAAUUUUAUUAUCAUUAAUAGUUGUUACAAUAACAGCUGUCUCAAUGUCAGCUAUUGCUACAAAUGGUGAAAUAAAAAAUGGUGGUUGUUAUUAUUUAAUUUCAAGAUCAUUAGGACCAGAAUUUGGUGGUUCUAUUGGUUUAAUAUUAUAUAUAGCAAAUAUGGUUAAUGGUGCUAUGAAUUGUGUUGGAUUAGCAGAAUCAUUAGUAUUUCUAUUUGGACAACUUAAUUUUAAAUUAUUUGAUGGUGGAAUUAAUGAUGUUAGAGUUUAUGGAUUAUCAACAUGUGUUAUUUUACAAGGUAUAAUUUUUAUUGGAACAGAAUUUGAAAAUAAAACACAAAUAAUUCUUUUAAUAACAAUAAUUUUAUCUAUACUUUCACAUACUAUUGGAGCAUUUUUACCUGUUACACAAGAACAAUUAAAACAUGGAAUUAUUGGUUUUUCAUUUAAAACAAUAAUGAAUAAUUUUUGGCCAGAUUUUAGAGAUGGUAAUAGUUUUAUUACAGUAUUUGGUGUUUAUUUUCCAGCAAUGACUGGUAUAAUGGCUGGUGCUAAUAUGUCAGGUGAUUUAAAAGAUCCAUCAAAAUCAAUUCCAAUAGGAACAAUGACAGCAAUAAUGAUAACAACAAUAAUAUAUUCUGGUACUAUGUUACUUUCUGCAUGUGCAACAGUAAGAGAUUCAACAGGAUUUAAUAUACCAACAUUUCCAAAUAAUAAUUAUGAUCUUAUAUUACCAACAUGUCGUCAAAAUAAUACAUGUAAAUUUGGUUUAGCUAAUGAUUAUCAAGUACCAUUAACACAAGCAGCAUUUAGUCCAUUAAUUAUUGCUGGAAUAAUUGCUUCAACAUUAUCAUCUGCCUCUGGAUGUUUAAUUGGUGCACCAAGAAUAUUUCAAGCACUUUGUCAAGAUAAAUUAUUUCCAGGAUUAUCAUAUUUUGGUAAAGGUAGAGGUAUAACAAAUGAACCAUUUAAUGCAUAUUUUUUAACAUUUUUUUUAACAUGUUGUGUUAUACUUAUUGGAGAUUUAAAUGCAAUCUCUGAAAUUAUAACAAAUUUUUUUUUAGCAGCAUUUGCUAUAACAAAUUUUGCAUGUUUUGAUUCAUCAGCAAGUAAAUCACCUGGUUUUAGACCUGGAUUUAAAUAUUAUAACAAAUGGUUAUCUUUAUUUGGUUCUGUUUUAUGUAUAAGUUUAAUGUUUAUAUUAUCAUGGGUUACAUCACUUAUUACAUUAUUUAUUUUUGCUAUAUUAUUUUUAUUUUUAAAGCAUACAGUUCAUAAUGUUAAUUGGGGAUCAUCAACUGAAGCAAAUCGUUAUCGUAUUGCUCUAAUGGAACUUUUAAAAUUGUCAAGACAUGAAGAACAUGUUAAAAAUUAUAGACCACAAAUUUUGGUUCUUACUGGUAAUCCAAUUGCAAGGCAAAGUCUUGUUGAUUUUACUCAUGCUAUUAUGGGGGGACAAAAUCUUAUGCUUUGUGGACAUGUUGUACCAUAUGUUUCUUCUGUUUCAGCAACAGCUUGUAUAAGAAAAUUAAAUUCCAAGAUGAGUGAUAUUAUAAAAGAAAGAAAAUGGAAAUCAUUUUAUUGCAGUAUUUCUAAUAAAAGUUUAAGAAAUGGAGUUCAAGGUCUUCUUCAAUCAGUUGGCUUAGGAAAAAUGCAACCAAAUAUUCUUUUAAUUGGUUUCAAAUAUAAUUGGUUAAAAGAAACAUUAGACGAAAAGUAUAAAAAUGAUGUUAAAGAAUAUCAAUAUGUAAUUUUGGAUGCCUUUGAAUCUAAUAUGAAUUUAUGUAUUUUUAAAAAUGGUAAUGAAAGACUUGAUCAUAGUAUUUUAUUAAGAGAUUUUUAUGAAAAAUUUUUAAAUGAAAUUCCUGAAAUUCUAAUGACUGAUAAAACAAAUUCUUUACAAGAAGAUUAUUUAAGAGGAUAUUCUUCUGAUUUUUCAAGACAAUAUUUAACAAUAUCUUCAUCUCAACAACUUAUAAAACAUAGAAGUUUAAGUAGUAUAAUAAGUCUUGGAAAUGGGUCAAGAAAUAGUUCUUCUAAUGAUAUUACUGCUGACAUUAAAAUAUCAAUAAAUGAUAAAUUUAGAUAUAAAAUUAAUAAUGGCAUUAUUGAUGUUUGGUGGUUAGACAAUGACGGUGGACUUAUACUUUUAAUACCAUACUUAUUAACUACAAAUAUUCAUUCCUAUUUACAUAAUGCAUCUUUAAGAAUAUUUGUAAUUGUUGAUUCUCAUAAUAUUAAUCCUGAAAAAGCAAAAGAAAAUUUACAAAAACUGUUACAUAAAUUUAGAAUAAAAUAUACAGAAAUAAUAGUAAUUGUAGAAGAAAAUAAUAAAUUGUGUCCUGAAACAGAAAUGGAAUAUAAUUUUUAUAUUGAACUUCUGAAUCCUAAACUAAAUUCUCAAAAUCAUCUUCUUAAUUCUACAUUACUAGAAAAAUAUUCACACAAGACACGUCAAUACCUCUGGUUACGUGAAGUUAUAUUAAAAAAUUCAAUUGAUUCCAAUUUAUUAAUAAUUUCUCUUCCAAUUGCUCAUGAAUCAGUUAUAUUAUCACCUUUAUAUAUGAUAUGGUUAGAUUUGUUAUCAAAAGAUAUGCCACCAAUAUUAUUUGUUAAAGGAAAUAAUAUUUCUGUUUUAACAUACAUUUCAUAA